AUGGUGUCAUGGAUCAUCUCCAGGCUCGUGGUGCUUAUAUUUGGCACCCUUUAUCCUGCAUAUUAUUCCUACAAGGCCGUGAAGUCAAAGGACAUUAAAGAAUAUGUCAAAUGGAUGAUGUACUGGAUUAUAUUUGCACUUUUCACCACAGCAGAGACUUUCACCGACAUCUUCCUUUGUUGGUUUCCAUUCUAUUAUGAACUAAAAAUAGCCUUUGUAGCCUGGCUGCUAUCUCCCUACACAAAAGGCUCCAGCCUCCUGUACAGGAAGUUUGUCCAUCCCACGCUGUCUUCAAAAGAAAAGGAAAUCGAUGAUUGCCUGGUCCAAGCAAAAGACCGGAGUUACGAUGCCCUUGUGCACUUCGGGAAGCGAGGCUUGAACGUGGCGGCCACAGCGGCGGUGAUGGCUGCCUCCAAGGGACAGGGUGCCUUAUCGGAGAGACUCCGGAGCUUCAGCAUGCAGGACCUCACCACCAUCAGGGGAGACGGUGCCCCUGCUCCCUCAGGCCCCCCUCCCGCGGGGUCUGGGCGGGCCGGCAAGCACGGCCAGCCCAAGAUGUCCAGGAGUGCUUCUGAGAGCGCUGGCAGCUCAGUGUGUACCUGCUGCUCCACCUGCAGGACCAGGAAAGUGGUUGAGGGAGAUGUGGCUGAGGGUGGUGUGAAGGCGUGGGAGCCCCACCAGGUCCAAAGCCCGUUGGCCUUUUCCGACGAGGAGGAGGAAGACCUGCUGGAUUUCAUGUACAAGUAUAAGACACUUCGAAAGACGGAGUUCCCCCUGGAGGCACCGCCUAGACUCCUUCGAUCUCGCUUCAGGAAGAAAAGUACCUCAUCCUCAGCCACUGAAACCACAUGAGUGAGAUGAGCCAACAGCACCGGAUACACCGAACGUUCCUUCUCUGCCUUAAGAGCUAUUCACUAACAACACGGCGUCUGCAAGCUGGUGUGCUGUGUGCAGCCUCACAGACAUGGCCUUCUCUCCCCUCCCCCUUUUAGGAUAUUGUUUUCUCCUUUUCUUUAUUUUGCUGGGAAAGGCUAAAGGGAAGGUAGUGUUUGGGGGGUGGUGUGUGACCCUAAGUCUUCUGAGGUUAGUGAUUUUCCACAGUUGGGUUGUCAUUACAGACAGCAGUGUUGAUAGAAAUACGAGGGAAUCCCCCCACUGCUGAGAUGUACAUUUGUAAUUUAUUUGUUGCAUACUUCAUUUUUAGUCCUGUAAAUGCAGACAAAGCCAUUUUUUAAAACUGUUUUUUGUUCUUGGUACUAGUACCUUGGACUACAGUGUACAUAUUUAUGGCUUUUGGCUUCAUAUAAUGGACUUGCAAGGGCUGCCAGAGGUUCUGAUGAAACAGAAGUUUAAAAAAUAUUUCUGACUCUAGAGCACAUCUUAGAUUGUGCUUAGAAAGCUUCCAAAUAAACUCCAGUUCAGCGUCCCUUUCCCUGGGGACGCCGGUCCCUACGCUCAGACAGUUGUUUUGUCCGUAUGUCAGGGAGAGGGGAGCAGGGAGGUCAGGGACACAGCCCAGGUAAGAGGAGAGUCACAGGAAGCUCGUCUUCCCCUUG